AUGCGUCGAAAUGAAGCAAAUGGCAACGUCGACACUGGAAUCGUCAUUGGACUUAUGGCGGCCGGCAAAGGCAUCGGCGAGGUAGCGAGCGAACCUCUCAGCGCCAAAUUACUGGAUCUGGGUUGGGAAACGCACGCAGGGUUUGCUUAUGGGACUCAAUAUGCAGUCUUGAUUGUCUUCUGCGGCGAGGAGCCUACUUAG